AUGACUUCCGUUAAUCAGCCAUCAAAAAAUGAAAUAACAGCGAUCCUCACGAAGCUAAAGUCACUGCCAUAUAAUAAGGUACUGCUCAGAGAAUUUACAAACCAAACCCACAUAUGUCACUUAUGGCGUGUUCUUGUGUAUCGAUUGUUCUGCUGCUCACCGCGCUUUAGGUCUACGAGCAAUGCAAGUUGGGGUAGAGCUGCAGAACUGUAUCGCACAAAACUUGAAAAACUAGCCUUAAACGCCAUGAAAAUUCACGGCACUAAACUAUUGAUAGACACUUCUGAGGAAAAACCAGAGUCACCCACCGGAAAAGAAACUGAUUUCUUCAAAGAGCAUACUGAAGUUAAUCCACGAGAUCUAGAAGGCGCUAGCCUGAGUACCACAAAACCAAGUCUAUUUCUGGGUACGUCGAUUCGAUCUCUAGAGAGAGAGAGAGAGAGAGAGAGAAGCGUGCAGGUAAGUAAGCUUGCAGAAAGUGAAAGUCAACGUAUCGUGACCAACGAGAUAAUCUUGGUCCGGUAA